AUGCCCAAAUCUGCUACGGGAGCAUCCCGGCACAUCCUCCUCCUGCUGCGUGGGGCUGCCCCAGUCGGCGGCUCCUGCCCGGGGGCUUCGCGGGGCCGCGGAGACGCUCUGCUCUGCUCGCAGGACGGCCGCGCGGCGCUCGCCUUCGCCCGCUGCCCGGGGCCGGUGGGCGCUGGCCUUUCAGCGGCCCUGGCCGCCCGCCAGACAGCCAUUUCCUGGUCGCGCCGUCCGCGUGGUGCUGUGGUGAACGGGGAGCUGCGCCGCCAGGUGACACCGGGGGUUGCGCUGGUUGUCCCCGAAGCAGCCCCCAUGCCCACGCCGGACUUGCUCCGAAUCCGCGUUAAACCGCGGCGCUUCCUGCACGCGAUGGAUUCCCCCUUCCCACAGGCGGAAACGGCCCCGAAAGCGGCAGCGCAGGGGAGCGGACCCGGCGACGUCCCCCGGGUCGCGGGAUUCCGGGAGCGCCCCCGGCUGGAGGCGCCGCGCAGCCCCCAGCAGCUCAGGUAUGCCAACACGCUGAUGCGCCUCGAUUUUGUGUGGCUGCGGGACCACUGCCGUUCCGCCUCCUGCUACAACAGCAAGACCAACCAGCGCAGCCUGGACACAGCGAGCGUGGACCUGGCCAUCAAGCCCCAGGCUGUGCGAGUGGAUGAGACCACACUCUUCUCCUUUGCCAAAGGGCCCGACGGGCACGUGACACGGUACGGGCUGGAGUGGCUGGUGAAGAACAGCUACGAGGGGCAGAAGCAGCAGGUCAUGCACCCGCGGAUUCUCUGGAACGCAGACAUUUACCAGCAAGCCCAGAUCCCAUCUGUCGACUGUCGGAGUUUCCUGGAGACGGACGAGGGGCUGAAGGAGUUCCUGCAGAACUUCCUGCUCUAUGGGAUUGCCUUUGUAGAGAAUGUCACCCCUACCAAGGAGGACACAGAAGUCUUAGCAGAGCGGAUCAGCUUGAUUAGGGAGACCAUUUACGGCAGAAUGUGGUACUUCACCUCUGACUUCUCCCGGGGAGACACCGCCUACACCAAGCUGGCUCUGGAUCGUCACACUGACACUACGUACUUCCAGGAGCCCUGCGGCAUCCAAGUGUUUCACUGCCUCAAGCAUGAAGGCACAGGUGGGCGGACGCUGCUCGUGGAUGGUUUCUACGCAGCGGAGCAGGUUCUCCAGCAAGCCCCCGAUCAGUUUGAGCUGCUCAGCAAGGUGCCCUUGAAGCAUGAGUACGUUGAGAACGUGGGAGGAUGUCACAACCACAUGAUUGGAGUUGGGCCAGUCCUCAAUGUCUAUCCCUGGAACAACGAGCUUUAUCUCAUCAGAUACAACAACUACGACCGUGCAGUCAUCAACACAGUGCCCCACGAUGUGGUGCGUCGCUGGUACACGGCUCAUCGCACGCUCACCACGGAGCUCAGAAGGCCAGAAAAUGAGCUGUGGGUCAAGCUAAAGCCAGGCAAGGCUCUCUUCAUAGAUAACUGGCGCGUCCUGCACGGGCGGGAAGCGUUCACGGGGUAUCGCCAGCUCUGCGGCUGCUACCUGACGAGAGAUGAUGUCCUGAACACGGCGCGCCUGCUGGGGCUGCAAGCCUAGCCCGAGCUACGCGCUGUGGAGAG